CACCCUGCAGCAUGGGUAUUAGCCAUGAUAAGAGCCAAUGUUCAGUCUUAACAAUUCACCUUAAAGAUGCAAACACUAACGGCUUUUGUAAUUUUUCUGUUGGCUGUUGUUGUCACAAGUGCCGGGGCAGUUGAUACAUGCGAUCGAAUUAUUCAACAUGGAUAUCCUUGUGAAAGACAUAACUUGACUACCUCAGAUGGAUAUCGGCUGACCAUGUUUCGCAUACCCCACUCACAUCGUGGUGACCUGCAGCACAAUGUCACCGAUAAGCCGCCUGUUCUAUUUAUGCACUGUGUGGAAUGUUCAUCAGAUAUUUGGAUUUUAGUUGGGCCAGAUAGUGCUUUGCCCUUUAUGUUGGCCGAUGCUGGUUUUGAUGUCUGGUUGGGUAAUGCCCGUGGCAAUAUGUACUCUGAAGAGCAUGUAACUAUGGAACGCUCCUCUAUAGCCUUUUGGGCUUUCUCAUUGGACGAAUUGGGCACAAUUGAUGUGCCUGCUAAAAUCGAUUAUAUACUGGCCAAAAGCAAAAAGAAGAGUCUUCAUUUUGUUGGUUACUCCCAAGGAACGACGAAUUUUAUUGCGGCCCUCUCCGACAAGCCAGAAUACAAUGAGAAAAUACGCUCCAGUCAUUUGCUGGGUCCAGUGGUGUUUUUGUGUCAUGUGGGAGGGCCAUUCCCGGUACUUGCCUCUCCCCUGGUGGGCUCCGAUAAUCCAUUUGCCCAUAUGCUGGGCACUCUGGUGGGAACUGUGCCCUUGCAUGAGCUGACAGCCUUGGCGAGAAGUGUGGCAUUAGCCCUAUGCACCAGAGCAGACUUUGAGGAAAUGUGCGUUGGGAUUAUGAAUAUCAUAGCCGGCUGGGACUCUCCCUAUCUCAAUAGGUCUGUGAUUCCAGAAUUGUUGAGUACAUUUCCAGCUGGGUGUUCUUUUCGUCAAUUUGUCCAUUAUGCUCAGAAUGUCAUGUCUUGUGACUUUAGAUAUUUCGAUUUUGGUUUGGCUGGAAACAUGCUUAAAUAUGGUCAAGCAAAGCCACCCUCAUACAAUUUGUCAAAUGUCCACCCAGAAACGCCCAUGGAGUUGUAUUUCGCUGACAAUGAUAAUUUUGUACCUGCUCGCGAUAUCUAUCACUUGUAUAAAAUAUUUGGCAAACGGGCCUCUUGGAAUCGUGUGAAGCAUACAAAAUACAACCACAACGAUUACGCCAUGGCCUAUAAUGUGAAGGAGUGCCUAUACGAUUGCAUUUUGGAUAAAAUGCAGGAAUACGAAGGUCGUCCUUUUAAAGGAGAUCAAUGCACAUGUUUCAAGAAGAAUGCUUUUUGAAUAUGCCGCAAUAUAGCAGACAUUUUUAAAUAAAUUUUAAGUUUUAUACAAAACUAGCAAGGGCCCUCUCCGCUGCGGCUUCUUUUACCUUA